GUCACUCAAGAUUGUGGUCCAAUCAGAGACUGCGAAAAUCCCAACGCAGCGGUGGGAGGCGGGACUUGUGCAGAAAGCUCUGUGGUGCUGUGCGUCUGCGUGCAUGUUCUGCAGCGUCUGAACCGGGUUUGAGGAGACUGCCUUCAGUUUUCUUCGCCUUUUCUGCUCGAAAUGGCAUCGGCAGAGGAUGUCGCAGCGAAAAAGCAAAUGUUUUAUGAAAUCGAGUGCGUAAUAGACGAUUGCGAUACCGAAGUUGGAUACAAACCUCUGUCAGACAGCGACGAGCUCGACGAUUCGGCGGCGGAGGAGGAGGAACCGCGGGAAGAAGAUAUUGAUUCUUCUGAAGAAUGGGAGCCUCUAAGACGUUCAAAACUAAAGAGGAACUCAUCCUCCUCGCCUUCAUCGUCUUUACCACGCCGGAGAGGACGACCACCUAAAAAUGCUUUGAAACCCUCCCCAGUUGCACCAGUGAUGGCUCGCACCCCGAAAAGCACCCCGGCUAUUGCCUUACCUCGACGGAGAGGCAGACCACCUAAAGACAAAUCUAAAGCCAAACUCUUUCCUAAACCCACCCCGUAUGCCGCGAUAGUGCCUAAACCCCCUCCUUAUGCCACGCUGAUCCCUAAUUCCUCCUUUAAAUUCGGCCCUCAUUCCACAUCCACCAUUACGCUUGGCCCUAAUUUCGCUCCGAUAACCCUUACCAAUACCUCAUCCUCCAUUAAACUGAACCCUAAUUCUACACCCAUACUCAUCUCUAAUCCCGCUUCUGCUUUUAAACUCAGCCCGAAUUCCACAUCCGCCUCCAAUCAGGCACCGAUAGCCACGCUCAUCUGCACACCAACAUCAACGGGGCUUCUGUUAGACGGGGACACUAAUGAGAUCAAGUCGGUGAAGGAAGAGCAACCAUGGGAAGAGAAUGCUAUUGAAGAAUGGCCUGUUGCAGAGAAAGAACGCCUAGUGCGUUCAGAAUCACCAAAUGCAAAGAGGCAACGACUCUCAUCCCCGAUCCCUCAAUCCACAACACCUCCACUGACAGACAGGCCCUUGAAGCACACCUCAAAAACUAUGCCUAGGCCUCUGCCUAAACUUGCACCCAUAGACUCUUCUGAUCAUGUACCAACCUUCGAGCCCACUCCCACAAGCAUCGAUGAUCCAUUGACCUGUACAACAAUUGCUGAACCCGCAUCUGAUCCUAAACCUGCACCCAUCAGGCCUCGGGCCGACAGCGACCUUGAUGGCGACAGCGAUGAGAUCAGUGAUUCAGGGAGGGAAGAGGAACUGUGGGAAGAAGAGUGAUCUUGAUUCUGGUGACGAUUGGAACCCUCUUCUGGAAAGUCCGGAUCGUUCAAAAUCACCUGCAUCAGCUCAGUCACCAAGAGGAGGCAACCCUCC